UAUAAUUCGUGUUUUUUUAAUUAAAUGCUCGCGUUGGUUAUUUUAAUAAAAAGUAGUGAAAUUUUAGAAAAUAAAUUGUAUAUUAAUGAAUUUAUUUGAUAGUAUCAACCUUAUAGUACAAUGAUCGAUUCAUGAAAUUCCGUUAUGUUUAUGGUUGCACAUUUAGAAAAAAAACCUUGAAUUUUUUUUAUUAUUUUGUUGAGUUAUGAUAAUAUUAAUAAUUUUAUUGAAAUUUUUAAAACUGUAAGAUGUCUUCAAAUAGUAAUAUUGAUAACUCCAAAAAUACGGAUAUGUUAACAAGAAGUUAUUCAGAUCGAAGUAAUGAUAGAAAUAGGGAUACUAAUAGUAAUCGUGAAAGAGAUUAUGAUGGACUUAAACAACAAUGUGAUAAAGCAAUGCAUGAAUUAGUGAUAUUAAGACGACAACAUGGAGAAACAGUGCGUAGAUAUGAUCAAACAAGAAAAGAGCUAGAAUAUUAUCGAAGUCAAAAUCAAGUGAUGAUAAACCAAAUUGAACAAGCUGCCCAGGAGUCUUCUUCUCUUAGAGCUAAAUUAGCUGUUGAAAAACAAUUUGAAAGAUCACAACAGGAUCUUCCUGAAGAUGAUACAGCUAGUGGAGAUUCCCUUAAUGAUCAUUUUAUGUCAUAUGACUCUAGACUAGAUAAUUAUGAAGCUCUCCGUAAAGGUUUUGAAGAUUUACGUACUACACAUUCAGCAGCUGUAGAUAAAAUGAGUAUGAUGAAAGAUGAAAUAAAUCAGUUGAAAAAACAGUGUAAUGAACUAUUUAAAGAGCGUGAUAUAGCACUUCGUGAAAGAGAUGGAUUAAAACAACAGUGUACAGCUGCAAUACGCCAAUGGGAUUUAACACUCAGGGAAAGAAAUGAUCUUCAGGAAGCUAUACAAAAAGUACAGCAACAGCAUGAAGAAGCAGUUAAAGAAAUGAAAGCAGCUGUUGCAUAUAGUGUAAAAAGUAGCAAAGAAUUAAAAGAUUUAAAUAAAGCUCAUGAUGCCGCUGUUAAAGAAUAUAGACUUAUUAUGAGUGAACGUGAUAGUGUACAUAAUGAACUCGAAAAACUGUCAGAAGAUUUAUCUCAAGCUUAUAACAAAAAUAAAGCAUUAGAAAAUGAAAUUAAAUCAUGUCGUGAAGACAAAAAGACUCUUCAAUUACAUGUUGAAUCAUUGAAACGUGAAAUUUCAUCUGCAUUGCAUGAUCGUGAUAAAGCACUUAAGGAGUGUAAUGAUUAUCAAGAAAGAUUUGGUGAGAUAACAGCAAAAAAUGAAUCACAGAGAGAAUUCAAGAGUCAUUUAGAUUAUGGCUUUAAUAGGGAGCGUGAAAAUCGAAAUGAUUCACGAGAACAAAUAGUGGCCUUAGAUUUAUACAAUUCUUGUCAAAAAGAGCAAAUGGAUAAUUUAGAUCAAGCAAAUCAAGAAAUAGAACGUUUAAGAAAGUUAGCUGAUAAAUAUCAUGUAGAACUUGAAGAAUCAUUACAAGAAGCAGAAGUUUCAAAGAGAAGACGUGACUGGGCUUUCAGUGAACGUGAUAAAAUUGUUUUAGAACGUGAAAGUAUACGAACUCUUUGUGAUAGUUUAAGAAAACAACGUGAUGAUGCUGUUAGUAAGUUAGCCCGGGCUAUGAGAGACUGUGAUGAUAUAAUGAAACAAAAGAGUGACACUGCCAAAGAGCUCAAUGAUCUCAAAGAAAAAAUGGAAGCACAAUUAGAAAAGGAAGCACAUAUUUUGCAAUUGCAAGCAACAGGACGGUAUAGUCAAGAUUCUGCAAUUGACACUGAUCUUCAAGAUUGGGAUACAGAAAUUUUAAACAUUGAUUUAGGAUCAUUAGGAUCAAAUGAAGACUUAGGAAUUGAUUUAUUAGGAGGUAGAGAUGAUCCUUUAUAUCCUAAUGAUAAUGCAAUUUAUAUAUCUUCAAUUAGUAAAAGUAGCAUAGCAUUUAGAAAACUAAGAGUUAAUGAUUGCAUAUUAAGAGUUAACAGUUUAGACUGCUCAUCAAUUAGUAAACGAUUAGUUCUGGAAACUGUAAGAUCUCUUAGUAGUGCAACUUUAGUUGUUCGCAGAAGGAAACCUGCUUCACCAUCUAGGAGUUUAUUCACUACUCAACUUCAGGUGAACAAUUAUGAUCAUGGAAUUUCAUUAGAAACUGGUAUUUAUAUUAACAAAAUAACACCUGGUUCACUAGCAGCCAAAGAUGGAAAUCUUGAUGUUGGAGAUAGAAUAUUAAGUAUAAAUAACAAAACUGUAGAAAAUAUCAAAAAUUCUAGAGAAGCCAUGCUAUUACUACAUGAACCUGGAGAUGUUCUUACUAUAACAACUAUGAAGUCAACUUAUUGUGCUGGCAAUUGUGGUUCAGGAACUAAUCGUGAUAAUGUUUAUAAAAAAUACACUAAUAGUACAACUCAAACAGAUAAAACAAACUAUUCAAGAUAUCAAGAGACAUAUCAAGAACCUCAGUAUGUACAAUCAAGAAGAGUUAUGUUAGAUGUUCCUGAAAAACCACACAGAAAUCCUUCACCUGCUAACAAUUCUAUAUCAGAACGUGAUCAAGAAGAUGCUAUAGCUGAACUGGAUUCUGUCAUUGAUGCUUUUCGUCCUCAUCCUGCACCUACUGCAACCAAAUUAUCUAGUCGCCAUAGAAAACCAAAAAAUUUAGAUAAAAAUGGAGGAACUUGGCCUAAAGCUAGAAGUGGUCCUGUAAUUGAGCACACAACUGGCACUAUUCUCCAUCCUCGUAAAAAUAAAGAAAGAUUGCCAUUAUCGGUUCUUUUGAAUAAUCCUCCUUCUUGGUCCCCACAAAAUAAUUCAAAAUCAGAUACGUCUUCAAUAGAUUUUUCAGUCAGAUCUGGAAAAGUAGGCAAAGAUGUAAUGGAAUACUAUGCAAAAAAAAAAAUUGGCAAAUAUGUCAACAGUGAUACUGAAAGUAAUGCUGGAGAUGGCCCAGUAGUUAGACCUCUUUCUCAUAUUUAUGGUUCACCAUCAACUAAUCCUCACCAUUUUUUUACUCCACAAUAUACAAGGUAUUCUCAACCUUCACCAUCUCAUAGUGGAGAGUCAAUGCUUUAUUGUUUUGAACCACCUUAUAGUCAUGUAACUCAAUUUCAUCACGGUCAUUCUCCUUCAGUUGAUAUGCAUUAUAAUAGACACACUACUAGAUCUCCUCAUCGUAUUAUAACUAACAUAGGUUAUCGAGGUGAUGACAUGCCGGAAUCUUAUCAUGGUUAUGAAAUAGGCACAUUUCCAAGGAAAAGAGAAAAUCCAAGAUUUAGAAUUCCAUCUAAUCCAAGUGUGACAAGUAAAAGUAGUGGUGGAGCUGUUGGUAUUUCUACUGGGAGUAUUGAUAGAUCUGUAAGUAGUGAAAGAGAUAGUCCAAUGCCUACUUUUAGAGUAGAAGUUUUAAAUUCUGGACAAAUACCUAUGCCAGCUAAUAAACGUCAGUCAUUACCAGACUAUGGUUGGGCUUCCAAAUAUUUGAAAAAACCAUUACUCAGAGGUGUUGGUAGUGGUCCUUUACCUGGUGAAUUAAGAUGGAUAAGUAUUGAAAAAUCUGUAGAACCAUUAGGUAUUCAAAUAUCUUGUGUUGAUAGUGGUGGGGUGUUUGUCUCUACUGUAAGUGAACACAGUGUAGCUUCUAAAGUUGGGCUUCAAGUUGGUGAUCAAUUGUUAGAAGUUUGUGGAAUAAAUAUGAGAAGUGCAACUUAUCAAUUAGCAGCAAAUGUUCUUCGUCAGUGUGGCAAUUCUAUUACUAUGCUGGUUCAGUAUAGUCCAGACAAGUAUCAAGAAUUAGAAGGGGCUGAAAGUUCUACAAGUAGUCGUUCAGAAACUCCAACACCAUGUAAUUCUCCUUCAGUAAAUAGAAAAUCUGCAGGGGCUUCUGUUAUUGCUCAUGGAAUGGCCACCUUAACUCGUCGCAAAAGUGAUAGAAAUUCUGAAAAUAGGGGUAUAAGAGUAUACGAGCCACGAUAUUUAAUUAUGGAAACAAGAAAAUGUAGUAAUUUGGGAAUAAGUUUAGUUGGUGGAAAUGCAGUUGGAAUAUUUGUACACAGUGUGACUGUUAAUUCAUUAGCUUAUAAUGCUGGUUUACGAACUGGUGAUCGCAUUCUUGAAUAUAAUGGAACAGACUUAAGGGAAGCUACAGCAGAAGAAGCUGCUUAUGAACUAGCUAAACCAGCUGAUAAAGUUACUGUUCUUGCUCAGUACUUAAUUGACCGAUAUAAUGAAAUCAAAGAUAAGCCUGGAGACAGUUUCUUUAUUAAAGCACUGUUUGAUCGCACAGCUGAGCUUGGAGAGUCAUCUAUUAAUUCUUCUCAAUUACAAUUUCAUAAAGACGAUGUUCUCUAUAUUGACAAUACAAUGUAUAAUGGAGUUCCUGGUAAUUGGCGAGCUUGGCUGAUCGAUCACAAUGGUUAUAAACAACAAGUGGGCAUCAUACCUAGUAAAUACAAGGUUGAAGAAGAACUUGUUGUAAGGCGAAAUGGAGGUGAACUUGAAAGUGAUGCCCGGCGCGCUACAAGACGUAGUUUUUUUAGGCGUAAAAAACAUCAACGUAGUAAUUCUAAAGAAUUAGCUAGUUUUUCAAACAUUAAUUUGGGAUGGUAUAGCAGUGACUCUGGGACACUGCAUGAUGAUUCUCUUGUUAUUGCUUCUUAUCAAAGAGUUAUUAGACUAAAUUCUGAGCCAAAUAUUCGUCCUGUGAUGGUAGUUGGACCUUUAGCUGAUUGUGUUACUGAGAAGUUAAUCGCAGAUUUUCCUGAUUUAUUUAUGAAAUACAUACCAGAAGUAAAACACUGUUCUCAAGCUUCUAUGGAAAAAGGUGUUGCUGAUAGCCUUUAUAUAGAUUAUCGCAAAAAAGGAUCUGUUUAUGAAUGUGUUUCCGUUUCUGGACUAAAAGAAGCAUGUGGAAAAAAUUGCCAUUGUAUUAUUGACAUUGGCUUAACUAGUGUUGAAAGACUUCAUCGUCAUCACAUAUAUCCUAUUGUUCUCCUGAUUAAAUUCAAAUCCACUAAACAGGUUAAAGAAGCUAAAGACUCGCGGUCAUCUCAUGACAAAAUUUCUGCUAAGGCUGCUAAAGAAAUGUACGAACAUGCCUUAAAACUAGAAUCUGAAUAUCGUCAUUAUAUAUCAGCAAUUAUACCAGCUGGAGUUAAUGUGGCAUACAUGUGUACUCAAAUAAAAGCCGCUGUAGACUUAGAGCAAAGCAAAACAUUGUGGGUUCCAUCACCAACACCAUUGUAGAGCAUAUACUUAUACUUCAGUUAAUUCAAUGUUCCGUCCAAAACAAAUUAAAUUUGUUACUUUAUAUACAAUUUAUUAUUAGUAAUAGUAUGUAAUACAUAAUAUUAUUUCUAAUUGAAUUGGGUUUACUUCAAAGAUUUUUAUAUGAUCAUUAAUUGUGUGAAUUGUAUGUUGGAUCAUACUAGAUUUUUAUUACAAUUGACUAUUUUGUGAUGUUUAUUUCUAUUAAUACUUUUUAUCUGACUGUGAAUUUAUUAUUGUUUGAUGUUUUUUCUUAGACAACAAAAUUGUACUUUUUGUUAAAAUUUAACAUGAAUGAAUUUUACGAUGAUAUUGUUAUUCAUAUUUUUUUUUAUUGAUUGUUUAAUGUAUUUACUAUUUUUUUAUGUAUCUGAUGCAAUAUAUUUUUAAAAAUAUAAAAAAUGGAUAGAUAAUUAUUUUGUUUGAAAGUUAAAACUGUUAUUUAAGUAGAAAGAAUAUUAAGGUAUAAUGAAACUGUUUAUUUAGUGAUGGUACUGUUAUGAUAAUUACAUAAUAAAAGUUAUUAAUAAAAGUCCUUA